AUGGCGUCUGUCCAGCAUCAGGCGGCCAGUAUGCCGCAGCAGAACCUGGGGCUGCCGCCAAACGUCACGCCCCAGCAUAUCCAGGAGGUCUAUCAGAAAUUCCGGCAGAUGCAGGAACAAGGCGUGCGCCAUGAUGACCCGGAAUACCUCAAGGCUCACAACCUGCUCGCCGCCGUCCAGCGGCAGCAGGCAUACAAUAAACAGCGCCAGAUGCAGAUGCUCCACGCCCAGAGACAGCAGCCACAGCCACAGCAACCACAGCAAGUAGGACAGGCACCGCCAAAUGGUAUUGUUGAUGCCAACGGAGCUGACGGGCGAAAUGGGUCAGGCGCGAACCUCGCUGCUGCCGUCAGCCAGGAUGGCAACGCGAUCGCAAACAGCAGUGUGCUUGCAGGGAACGCUCCUCCCUCUGGCGCUACUCCUCCGAAUCAGAAGGGUGCGCCCCAGGGAUCACAGAGCUUCACUUCGGAGCAGCUGGCCACCCUGAGAAACCAGAUACUUGCCUUCAAGAUGAUCUCGAAGAACCUGGCAAUCCCCCAGCGCGUUCAGCAACAGCUCUUUGCAAAGAAGACUGCUGGUGCAGAUGGCGUCCCCGUAUCCGAUCAAUCUCUCGACGGCGCCAGUCGCGAUGUCGUGGCUGGUGAAGGUGAUGUCACUGCCGACAAGCUAAGAACCAUGUUCGAGACCUUCAAGUCUCCCUAUGACAUCCUCGGUGAUACUAUCAACUAUACAGACCACGGUAUGCGCCGGAAUCGAUUGAGACUACCUUGCAUCACGCCAAUGGGUGUCGAUGUCGAGAAGAUUCGCGAAGACAGAGAGCUCAUCUUAUACAACCGUAUCACCGCACGGAAGGCAGAGUUGGCCAAGCUGCCUGCUAACCUCGGCGUGUGGGACAGCGGUGAAAGCGAUACUCCGGUUGUUGACGACUCUCUCAAGCUCAAGGCCCUAAUCGAGUACAAGAUGUUGAACCUCCUGCCCAAGCAACGCGCGUUUCGUAAACAGAUUCAAAAUGAGAUGCUCCAUUUCGACUACCUGGCCAUGUCUGCCAACAGGCCUGCCCAUCGUCGAAUGAAGAAGCAGUCUCUUCGUGAAGCCAGGGUCACCGAGAAGCUGGAGAAACAGCAGCGUGAUGCCCGUGAGACCAAGGAGAAGCAGAAGCAGUAUAACCAGCUACAAGCAAUUCUCAACCAUGGCGUUGACGUACGCAAUGCCGGAAAUGAGCAACGCGGGCGUGUACAAAAACUCGGCCGUUUGAUGAUGGCUCACCACACUCACCUUGAACGCGAAGAACAGAAACGAGUUGAACGAACUGCCAAGCAACGUCUCCAAGCUCUAAAGGCAAACGACGAGGAAACCUACAUGAAACUGCUCGGCCAGGCCAAGGAUUCGCGUAUCUCUCACUUGCUCAAGCAGACUGACGGUUUCUUGCGACAGCUUGCCGCCUCAGUUCGCUCUCAGCAACGAAAGACCGCCGAGCGCUAUGGAGACGAGGAUCGCUUGGAUAUGGAGGAGGAUAUGAUUGAUUCCGACGACGAAGAAGAGAGCCGCAAGGUCGACUACUAUGCCGUGGCCCAUCGCAUCAAAGAGGAGGUCACCAUCCAACCGAGCAUUCUUGUCGGUGGUACCUUGAAAGAAUAUCAGCUGCGUGGUCUAACGUGGAUGAUUUCUCUAUACAACAACAACCUCAACGGUAUCUUGGCCGACGAGAUGGGUCUCGGUAAAACAAUCCAGACCAUCAGUUUAAUCACCUACCUCAUCGAAACCAAGAAGCAAAACGGCCCAUACCUCGUCAUCGUCCCCCUCAGUACCCUCACCAACUGGAAUCUUGAGUUCGAGAAAUGGGCUCCUUCUAUCUCCCGAAUUGUCUACAAGGGUCCACAGCCUACUCGAAAACAACACCAGCAGGCCAUCCGAUGGGGCAAUUUUCAGGUUCUACUCACCACCUACGAAUUCGUCAUCAAAGAUCGUCCUAUCUUGAGUAAGGUCAAAUGGCUACACAUGAUCGUCGACGAAGGUCAUCGUAUGAAAAACGCGGGCUCGAAAUUGAGUUUCACCUUGACUAACUACUACCAAUCGCGAUACCGUUUGAUCUUGACUGGAACGCCGCUGCAGAACAACUUGCCUGAACUUUGGGCCCUGCUCAAUUUCGCCCUUCCAAAUAUCUUCAAGUCCGUCAAGUCUUUCGAUGAAUGGUUCAAUACCCCAUUUGCGAACACUGGCAGCCAAGAUCGUAUGGAACUCACUGAAGAAGAGCAGCUGCUUGUCAUCCGUCGACUUCACAAAGUUCUUCGUCCCUUCUUGCUUCGCCGUUUGAAGAAGGAUGUCGAAAAGGAUCUUCCCGAGAAGCAAGAACGUGUCAUCAGAUGCCGAUUCUCAGCUCUACAGGCCAAACUUUACAAACAACUUGUCACUCACAACAAACUGGCCGUUAGUGAUGGAAAGGGUGGGAAAACACCCGUGCGUGGUCUCAGCAAUAUGCUCAUGCAGCUGCGUAAAUUAUGCAACCAUCCAUUCGUGUUCGACUCUGUAGAAGACGAAAUGAAUCCUGGCAAGGCUACGAACGACCUGAUCUGGCGUACUGCCGGUAAAUUCGAGCUUCUCGACCGAGUCCUUCCUAAAUUCUUUGCCUCUGGUCAUCGUGUCCUCAUGUUCUUCCAGAUGACUCAAAUUAUGAACAUCAUGGAAGAUUUCAUGCGGUUCCGUGGGUUCAAGUACCUACGUCUAGACGGUGCCACAAAGUCUGAUGACAGAUCUGAUCUUCUGAAGAAAUUCAACGAUCCCGGAUCAGAGUACUUCUGUUUCCUCCUUUCUACCCGUGCUGGUGGUUUGGGUUUGAACUUGCAGACUGCCGAUACAGUCAUCAUUUACGACUCCGAUUGGAAUCCUCACCAGGAUCUUCAGGCUCAGGAUCGUGCUCACAGAAUUGGUCAAAAGAAUGAAGUUCGUAUCCUUCGGUUGAUUAGUUCUAAUUCCGUCGAGGAACGAAUUCUCGAGCGUGCUCAGUUCAAACUGGACAUGGAUGGAAAGGUUAUCCAGGCUGGUAAAUUCGAUAACAAAUCCACCAACGAGGAACGAGAUGCCCUUUUGCGUACCUUGCUCGAAACUGCUGAAGGUGCAGACCAGAUUAAUGACCAGGACGAGAUGGACGACGAUGAUCUGAACGAGAUCAUGGCCCGUUCCGAAAGUGAAAUCGCGCUUUUCCAGAAGAUCGAUGAGGAGCGACAGAAGAGCUGUGGAUAUGGCCCAGGGUGCAAGUACCCUCGUCUGCUAGGAGAGGAGGAGUUGCCUGACAUCUAUCUCACGGAAGAGAACCCUGUCGCACCCGCGAUUGAGGAGGUGGCCGGUCGUGGUGCGCGAGAACGCAAGAACGUGAAAUACGACGACGGCUUGACCGAAGAGCAAUGGCUAACGGCUGUGGACGGUGAUGAAGAAACUCUUGAAGAGACAAUUGCUAAGAAUGACGCCAGGAUGGAGCGACUUCGCGCAAAUCGCGAAAAGCGUAGUAAGAAAGCACAAGGCCUUGAGUCCUCGCCUGAACCUUCAAGAGAAACUUCCGUCACACCACAGCAAAAGAAACGUCGCAAGGGUCCCGUGCCAAAGCGUAAGGCAGAGGAAAUCAUUGAUGACGCUCCGUCGAAACGCAGAAGGGGCCGAGUCAACAAUAAGGCUGCAGACUCACUCACCAAUUCUGAGCGUGCUACAUUGCAGAAAAUCCUCGGCAACGUUUACCAAACUCUCAUGGAUCUUGAGCAAGACGUUCCUGUCGACUCUGAAGAUAGCGAUGAUGAACCUAUGACUCGCUCCAUCAUCGAGCCGUUCAUGAAGCCUCCGCCAAAAUCGCAAUAUCCCGAUUACUACAUGAUUAUUCAGACCCCCAUGGCUAUGGAUAUCAUCAAGAGGAAAAUCAAUCGCGAGGAAUAUCGCAGUCUCAAGGAUUUCCGUGAAGACAUUCGCUUGCUCUGCACCAACGCCCGGACGUACAACGAAGAUGGAAGUAUCCUGUUCCAAGAUGCCAACAACAUCGAAGCCACUUGUAACGCAGAGCUGAAAAAGGAAACUGACCAGCACCCUGACUUCGCCGACUUUGAUGACGUCGGUUCGUCCAUGGGUGAUGAGCAGUCCGCUGCAGUUUCAAGUGUGGGCACGCCGCUCGCAUCUACUUCAGCCUCUGGACAUCCCAAGCUGAAACUAACGUUCAACGGCUCGAAUAGAGACAAUGCCGCAUACAACGGAGCGGACAACGGCGCGUUAAGUGAUGAUGAAUAA